AUGGAAACGUUGGCGGAAACGAGUCUUCCGGCAGGAUUGCGACGCACGGAACCUUCCUCCCUUAUUCCGACCUCACCAGAUGGCGAACAAUCGCCACGAAACAGUAAUCCCGGCUCGGUACUGGCCAACAUCAUCGGUACCAGUCCGGGUGGUAGCAGCAGCGCGCACAACCUGCUCGAGGAUCAUUCACAGUCGUCGCAGGAGGAUAGUGGCAGUAUGGUCAGUCCAGUGCCGCAUCCCGAACCGGAGGAAACGAUCGAAAACAUUGAGAAGGAACUAAGCGAAUCGUGCGUGGAUACCGAUUCACAACCGGCGUUGGAUAUUGGUCAUGGGAAACGGACCAAUGCAACGAUUGCGCAAGGAGCUGCUGCAUCAACGUCCUCCCCAACUACGUCUGCUACUGGUGGAAAAGGCAGUGAUGCCAACGGACAGUCAACUGUUGCUGUUGGCAUGAUGGCGGCUAGUGCAAUGGGUCCGGGUACAACUUCAUCCGCAGUGUCAAACGGUAGAAGCUUACCGAAGGUGACACCGAGUGGUGGUAAACCGAUGGCGAUGCGUAACUUUGACCGCAAGAUGAAUAAGUCACGGGGGCGACCGAAACGCAAAGCAAUGGUAGCCUUGUAUCAAAGUGAGAUAAGUGAAAAUAAAAUCGGCAUUAAGCUGUGUAUAAAGAAAGCAUCUGAUGCAACAGUACAACCAAAGAAACCGAUCCGCAAGCGUGCCCGUAAACCCAAGAGCCUUAACGAGGAUAGCUCGGACGAGACGUCACCGGAGAAACGAAACCGUCGGAACGAAAAGCCUCGGAAAACGAACAACAACACCGAGAAGCGAAGUGCCGAGGAAGAGUAUAAGCCACCGGAAGAUCAAAGUGUUUGGGCGAACGAAGUACCGGACCCGGUACUGCAUGCGAUCUUCAAAAACGUUGUCCAGGAUGAGGGAAGCUUACCCACACUGAUACGUUUGUCGAGAGUUUGUUCGAGCUGGUACAAAAUGUCGCAAAAACCCUCCCUAUGGCGAACCGUGGAUCUUGGCAUGUGGGCGAAAGAUCGGUUCAAAACGGAGCCGAAGCUAAAAUGGCUUAUCGAGAACCGUCUUAAGCAGGCGACCGAAGUGGGUUUAGCAAACUGGAAGGUAACGAAUGUGCAAUGUGUGCUGGAUAAGUUACUCGAGGCAGCGCCCGGGCUGAUCAGCAUAACGCUCACCGGCUGGAAAGCGUUAUCUUCCGAUCAUCUGCUCUUUCUAGUGCAAAACUUUAAAAAUCUUCAAAGUCUCGAUCUCAGCUCUAUCAAUGCUGAGGUAAACGCCAAUAAAACGGCUGUUGGCCAAACGUCCUUGUGCAAUGCCAUUACGGAAAUGGGAAGCAGGCUUACUCAUCUUCAUUUGGCCCACAAUCGGCUCGGUGGUAUCCCGCAAAUUGUGAAAGCCCUCUCGACGAACUGUCCGAAUCUGGUGCUGCUGGAUCUGUCCAACGUGAACACGGUUGCCAUAUCGCACGGUAUACUGCAUAUCGAGCAGCUUCAGCACGGUUGCCAGAAGCUGAAAGUACUCCGGAUAACGAACUCACACAUCAACCUUAGCACCGCAUCGUUACAGGAGCAGAUGGAAUCACCCGGUUUCCCCGAACUAGAAGAGCUUUCCGUUGCCUCGCUCGCGGAUGAAGCGCGUCUAUUUAAUGACGAGUUUCUGCAGCGCAUCCUUAAAACCAGUACAAAGCUGACGCUACUAGACGUCCGUGGUUGCGCCCGCCUUACGCACGACAGUCUCAUCCGGUUGCCGACCUGGGAUUUGAAGCAUCUCUUCCUAUCUGGAUGUUCCAUCAACCGAGACAUGGGGGCUGGCCUAGAGUUAAUUGCAUCGAAAUGGGCCCACAGUUUAAUCGAGUUCGAUCUGGCGUGGGCAAGCGCCACCAAACCGCUGGACGAUGCACUGAAAGCCCUCGCGGACAAGGGUUCCGAAUCGCCAUUGAAGUACCUCAACCUCUGCGGAUCAUCGGUUUCAUUGGAAGCGGUAAAGGAGGUACUUGCAAAUUGUCCCCACAUUAACGCCAUCAAUCUCGCCUCGUGCCGGGGACUGCCGCGCGGUGUCAAGCGGUUACUGCAGGGCGCACAGGAAAUUGCGGAACUGCGAGAAAACCUUGGCGUUACGUUGAAGGGUGCAUCUUCACAAACUUCCUCCUCUCCAAGCGAUACCUAA